AUGGCGGGCUCCUUUCUGAGACAGCAUUGGUUUGAUGAGAAGAAGAAGAUAAUCGCCUUUGAUGAACUUCGGACAGACUUCAAAAGCCCAAUAGAUCAGUGCAACCCAGUCCACGCAAGAGAGCGGCUGAGAAAUAUUGAGCGUAUUUGCUUCCUCCUGCGAAAGCUCGUGUUGCCGGAGUACUCUAUCCAUAGUCUCUUCUGCAUCAUGUUUUUGUGCGCUCAGGAGUGGCUCACACUGGGGUUAAAUGUUCCUUUGCUUUUUUAUCACUUCUGGAGAUAUUUUCGUUGCCCAGCAGAUAGUUCAGAGCUAGCAUAUGAUCCACCUGCAGUCAUGAAUGCAGAUACCUUGAGUUACUGUCAAAAAGAGGCCUGGUGUAAGCUAGCUUUCUAUCUCCUUUCCUUCUUCUACUAUCUGUACUGCAUGAUCUACACUUUGGUGAGCUCUUAA